UGUGUAGAAGGACGACGGCUUCGCAAUUGUAAUGGGGAUCAUGAUCCUGAGUUCCUGGAGUGCCCUGUAAGGGUAAAUUGAAGUGACACAAAUUGGAGCGGUCAAUCGAAUCCCCUAUGCGGGGGCGAUUCAAAUAAUUGGUUAAACAAGUAAUCUUAGUGAAGAGAUGGUAGUGGAUACACCACAGUCUGUGGUAAAUGUUAGCUACCAAACAAAAGAUACCCUGUGUUUUAAAAAUGUGGAUUUUGUUGAAUUCAUUUCCACAGUUAGAAACUGUACAGCACAAGUCUCAAAUAAGUCGAAAAAACUAGCCAUUAUUGUGGCUGCAGUUGAAAGGUUUCUGGGACUGAAGGAUUUUACAUCGAAAUACUUCCAAGGGGUACUGACGCCGGAAGACACGCCAUCCCAGGUUUCCCUUGAGACUGUAGGGAUCAGAUCUGUUUAUUUUGAACCGAAUUUUUGGUGGGAGGCACAUUAAAUUGUGUGAUCGCCAAAAUACCAUAGAAGAAGAGGUCAACAUUUGAAUCACCCACUGCCUACACUCGCCAGUCUGCCCCCCCCCCCUGGAAUCAACGACAGGGAAGGAUCUGAUCUAUCCGGUGUAGCUAGCCUGCUAGCAGGCUGCGGUUCGCCAUAGCUACGUAGUUGUUUGCUUGAUGUAGGAGCGAUGUGGUCCUUUUUCGCUCGGGAUCCAGUCAAAGACUUUAAUUAUGAAAUUUUACCGGACACUCAAGACACGUCCGGAAUAUGGACACUGCAUCGAGGCAAGCGAAAGACGGGUGGGGAACCACUAUCGGUGUUUGUGUACGAGGUGUCAACAGGGACAGAGGAACAGACCCAGCUAGCCAAGGCAGCGUUCAAACGUAUGAAGACCCUCCGACAUCCCAACAUCCUGGCCUAUGUAGAUGGAUUGGAGACAGAGAAGAGCCUGUACCUGGUCACAGAGCAGGUCACCCCCCUGGCAGCCCACCUGAAGGCCCAGUCAGAGAAGGGGGGCUCUGGGGAGCUGGAGGUGUCCUGGGGCCUGCAUCAGACUGUGAAAGCCCUUAGUUUCCUGGUGAAUGACUGCCACCUCCUCCACAACAACCUGGGUAUCUGGGCUGUGUUUGUGGACCGAGCUGGAGAAUGGAAGCUUGGCGGUCUGGACCACAUGACCCCAGAGAACGGGGACGCCUCCACAUCACUACCCUCCGCCAAAGCUGUUCACCCUGACAUGGACAAAUACGAUGCCCCUGAAUCACCAAACAGUGGAGAGAAAUGGGCUGGGGAUGUGUGGCGGCUGGGCUGUCUGAUCUGGGAAGUGUUCAAUGGUCCACUUCCCCGAGCCUCCUCCCUACGCUCUAUCGGAAAGAUCCCUAAAGCAUUGGUGCCACACUACUGUGAGCUGGUGGGGGCCAAUGCCAGGGCCCGGCCUAACCCAGCCCGCUUCCUGCAAAACUGCAGAGCUCCUGGAGGAUUCCUUAGCAACAGCUUCGUUGAGAGCAACCUUUUCCUAGAGGAGAUCCAGAUCAAAGACCCAGCAGAGAAGCAGCAGUUCUUUCAGGACCUGAGUGAGAACCUGGACUCAUUCCCAGAGGACUUCUGUAAGCACAAAGUGCUGCCACAGCUACUCACUGCCUUUGAGUUUGGCAAUGCCGGUGCUGUCGUCCUCACACCUCUGUUUAAGGUGGGGAAGUUCCUGUCUGCAGAGGAGUACCAGCAGAAGAUCAUUCCUGUCAUUGUGAAGAUGUUCUCUUCUACAGACCGGGCCAUGAGGAUACGACUGCUUCAGCAGAUGGAGCAGUUUGUUCAGUAUCUAAACGAUGCAGCGGUGAACUCGCAGAUCUUCCCUCAUGUCGUUCACGGUUUCACAGACACAAACCCAGCCAUCAGAGAACAAACUGUCAAGUCCAUGCUGCUGCUGGCCCCCAAGCUGAAUGAGAGUAAUCUGAAUCAGGAGCUGAUGAGGCACUUUGCGCGGCUGCAGGCGAGAGAUGAGCAGGGACCAAUCCGUUGCAACACCACCGUGUGCCUGGGAAAGAUCGCCCCCUACCUCAACGCUGGGACACGGCAACGAGUGUUGAUCUCGGCGUUCUCUCGGGCCACUAAGGACCCCUUUCCCGCCUCUCGGGCGGCCGGGGUUCUGGGCUUUGCAGCGACCCACAACUACUACAGUGUGACAGAGAGUGCAGCACGGGUACUACCAACACUCUGUACCCUCACUGUUGACCCUGACAAGAACGUUAGAGAUCAGGCAUUUAAAGCCAUAAAGAGUUUCUUGACAAAGCUGGAGACUGUUUCUGAAGAUCCAACCAAGCUGGCUGAAAUAGAAAAGGAUGUGAUGUCAUCAGCCCAGCCGGCUGGGGCAGCGGCCAGUUGGGCAGGCUGGGCAGUGACGGGGGUGUCCUCUCUGACCUCCAAGCUCAUCCGGACCGGCCCGGGGGCAGAGGGGGGCAGCCCGGCCGAGAACACCCCUGUUGGUGGUGGUACUGCAUCUCCUUGCGCCGGGAGCCCUGUGAUAGAUGGAGUACCCAGGGGAUCUGAAGUUAAACCACCGCCGGCCUCCAUGACUCUACCCAUUGCUUCUGGCCUUGCUACCCAAUCAGACUUUCCUAAGGUGACCGAAAAGAACGAGGAGCCAAUCGGAGACCGGUGGGAUGACGAGGACUGGGGAAGAUUGGAGGACCCAGAGAAGGUACAGGCAGCAGACCCAGAUGACUGGAACUCUUCUGAUUGGUCAGGAAUGUCUUCUGUCAAAAAGAAGGCCAGUGUAAGAGGAGUGGGUCUAGCAACUUCUGAUGCAGUGAAAAAGCAGAGCUCUGAUUGGAGCAGCUCGGGCUGGGAUGCCGACGACAGCUGGUCCAAUGAGAAGGAGGCUGACGGCCAGGGUCAGAGUUCACCAGGAGAGGAGGCGUGGGGCAAUGACUGGGAGGAGGGAACGAUUGCUCCGGCCACUAAGAGUGCUGCUCUGCCGGAGGGGGUUCGGUUAGCCAGCGAGUAUGACUGGGACAGUAAGGGAGCCACGCAGACGGACUUCCUUGCCAACGUGUCUCAGAGAGCAAUGCCCACCCCCAUUGCUACGGCUGGUGAUGGCUGGAGUGCAGAGCCUGCUGGAGACUGGGGAGCCGAGGAGAGCUGGGAGUCUGUGGACGGAAGUCAAGCAGGCCUAAGCAAGGCAGAGCUGGCCAAGAAGAAACGUGAGGAGAGGAGGAAAGAACUGGAGGCCAAACGGGCAGAACGCAAGGCAGCGAAGGGUCCUCUCAAACUGGGUGCUCGGAAACUGGACUGACUGGAAGGAAGAGGAGGGCUGGCGGAAGACAGGAAGCGAAGCAGAGAGUGCUAUGAUGACUUUCCCCUGACUCCCACAGAGAGGGUGGAAUGUAUGGAAGGUUCAACAUUCCAUAAUGAAAAAAAUAUUGAAGGAGACACUGUGAACUUGACGACUGUGCAACCUGCUCAUUGGCUGAGAGGGGAUCAGAGGCUGACAUGUCUCAUCCAGACUAUUACGGGGUUUAAACAUUGCAUUCACAUUACAACGCAAAUAUUGUUUUUAUAUAAAAACAAAGAUGUAAAGAAAUGUACAUAGUUGGUGCAUUUGUCUGAAUGUUUUUUUUUAUUAUAUUGAUAUAAAAUGUGUAUAUGCUGAAUGUUCACAUAUACGCAUAAAUGGGAUAUGAAUGUUUUAGAUAAGCUGUCAGUCACACUGCAGAAUUAAGACUGACAGUCUGCAUGCAUGGGUCUGUAUAUGAGUGACCCACCAGACGGCAUAUGGUACUUCCCUGAAGGGUAAUGCUGGGACACGUUCAGCAGGGCACAACGUGGUGAAACAGUCUGAUAGAAAUAUGUUAUGUAGAACAAACAUUCCUCUCACAUAGAAUAAGGGAUCAUGUCAAGUCUAUUCAUGAUAUUUCUAUAUUUGUUUGCCAACUGAAUGUGUCUCUGUUGAUUAAAGGUACCUCACUGUACGCAGAUGAAUAAUAUACACCUGGCCUACAUCCUGGCCUCAGAGCCAAUCAGUUAUCAUUAGUGGUGGUGGGUAGACUGACUUGAAGCCUUCAUAUUCAGCAUGGAUGGUGUUAACAUGCAAUUUUACCUGUAGCUUCCUCCUCCUAUAUAUUUAUGGAGUCACUUAGCUAUUUAAAAUCAAUCAUAUAGUGCAAGAUAAUUCUGCCCAUCAACUAUCUUGUCAGAUUGGUAGUGUUGGGUGGGUCAAGGGAAAGAGAAGGUUCUGUUUGAUGGCAGCAUUGUUUACUGGGGUUAGGUGGUCAGAUGAACUGUGCUCUGUGAUUUUUAAAUAUGUUGUGGGUGGCGAGGGAGGUAAGUCCAGUGAAAUCAAAUGCGUUGUUUUAUAGAGAUGGAAUCUUGUGUGAACAAUUCCCAAAAUAAAACCAUGGCAAAAAAGUG